AUGUCACUUAAUUCGCAGCACAAACAAGAGCUAGACACUGCAGUUCAGGACAAAGAACACACGGAGGAGUGCACGGAGGAGUGUACAGAGUACAUCAAUGUGUACACCGAGGAGCGUAUCCAAAAUGAAGAGGCUACAUUGCCAUUGACAGAAUACGAUCCUGAUUCGGACGAGCCCACUCAAGCAUUCUCGCCUCUCUACCUGGAGGCUACCGGAAACCAAGCUUCAGGUUUGGACUUCAAUAAGUUACGUCUACACUCUGUCGCGCCCAUUGACCCGUCAGCUAGGAUCUUGUUGUAUCCUAGGAUCUCAGGGCUCGGCAUCUCUCCAUACGGAGGGGCUGGGCGGUAUGACAACUGGGUUGAAGUCGAAAUGGAUGAUCGUCCAGAUGAACCUGUCAAGGUUCUCGUCGUGACACCAAGCUCUGAGCAACUCGGAUGCAUCAUAACCCAUGACGAUGUGAAUUUCCGCUUGUACUUCGACCCCGCGCAAGAUCGUGUCAUCCUUCGCAAUGACUGCUCACGUGCCAUUCUCGGUAGGCGAAGUGAUGUGGAGGGGCCAGUGCAAGUUCAACCUAGACAGCUUGCCACAUUCCACACGGGCUCCUGGGUCAUUGACAUCGAAGGCAGAGCCCUCGUUGACUUUCAGCUACUCCCACGAACUUCAUGGGCAAUCCCUACUCGAGUUGAUUCUUUGCCACCAUCCCCCAAUCGACCACCAAAGAGGGUAAAAUUAGGACAAUCGGCAUACCGAACGGCCGACGCUUCACGUUGUCUACAGGCUGUCUCAGCCGGGAACGCUCUUUUAAAACUCGAGAAAGGCGAUUCUAUAUAUAUUACGGACCGCGGCGGAGGGUAUCAGCUUAUGCGCCACCUGACCAUUUCAGACCAAGCAAAUUCGUCUGUGUGGCAGGCAGGGUAUUCGAAAAUACCGGGCAGUGUCGUCGUUGUCAAAGUCAUAAAAGCCGCCAGUUCCGAUGAGCGCCACUCAGUUCGGGCGGCUGAAUCCUGGAUGCGCGAGUCAGAGAUCCACUCCUCGAUCAAGAAUCAUCCAGCGAUCCUCCGUAUGCUGGGAUCUGACGCCCGGUUCCAAAGUAUAUAUAUUGAGCACAUGGAUGCGAAGUCGCUAGUACAUCUCAGGCAGCCAACCAGUGAUCGUUUUGCUGGAAAUGGCUCAGAUACACGGAGGAUCUUCGCUGAUAUCGCUUCCGCACUUGACUUUUUGCACCGCAGCAGACUCGUUCACAACGACGUUAAACCAGGUAAUAUAUUGUAUAGCCCCUCACGGGGAGGCGUUUUGAUCGAUUUCGGCCUUAGUUUUGUGCAUGGCUCUCCUUCUCCCUCGGGGGGCUCACCGUGGUAUCUGCCACCCGAAUUUAUGCGCGACUGGCGCUCACGUGGCCCACCUGGUGAUGUGUGGGCCUUGGGAGUUGUCGCGGCAUGGAUGCUUGGCAACCUAUCCUUGCCCGAAAAGUCACCAAGCUGGCUGAUUGCAGAUAUACAUCCGUCGACGCCCGGCGUCCCCUCUCACAUAAGAGCUAUUGACUUGAUGUCUCGGUGGCUUAAGCAAGUCGAGAAUGCCAGGUCCAAACUAAGUCAUCAAGAAAAUCCACUGGCAUCUAUACUCAGGAAUACACUGGCACCAGAGAUGAAAGAGCGGAUUGAUGCUGCAACACUGAAUCAGCGGAUGUUGGAAAUUGGCUCGAAGAGAGGACAGAAGGACAAGGUUGUUAGCGAAUGA